GAGACGGGGCGCGCUGGCCGCGGCGCCACCCGAGGGAGGUUCGCCGCGCCUGUCCCGGCGGCGUCCGUCCGAGCCGGGCGCGGACUAUGAGAAGAUGGUCGUGCAAGCGCGGAGCAAGCACCGAGAGGCGGCGGCGGCGGCCGCUCCCCCCCGCGCCUCCCCGCAGCCGCGCCGGGCCGUGGGCGCCGGCGAGCCCGAGCUCGAGCGGGAGCUGCCCGGGGGCCGCGGGUUCUCGGCGGCGCCCCCCAGCGGCGGGCGGCGGCCCGGCAGGAAGGGGCAGCGGCCCGAACCCGCGCACCCCCCUCGCAGCCUCCUGUCCCGCGUGUCGGCGGGACUCCGCGCCCGGCUGGGCCAGCGCCCGGCGGGGGGCCGGGGCCGGACAUGGACCACGCUGCUGCUCGCUGCUUUUGCUGGGAUUUUGCACUGGAGUCACAUAACAAGUCUCUUUGAAAAUGAUCGUCAUUUUUCUCACCUCUCAACACUGGAAAGAGAGAUGGCUUUUCGCACUGAAAUGGGACUUUAUUAUUCCUAUUUCAAAACCAUCGUAGAAGCUCCUUCGUUUUACAGUGGAGUGUGGAUGAUUAUGAAUGACAAGCUAACAGAAUAUCCUCUUAUGAUUAAUACAUUGAAACGGUUCAAUCUUUACCCAGAGGUAGUCUUAGCCAGCUGGUAUCGCAUAUACACCUGGAUAAUGGAUUUGAUUGGCAUUCAGACCAAGAUCUGCUGGACAGUUACCCGAGGAGAAGGGCUUAGUCCUAUAGAAAGCUGUGAAGGAUUGGGAGACCCUGCUUGCUUUUAUGUCGCAGUGAUCUUUCUGUUAAAUGGACUAAUGAUGGCUUUGUUUUUCAUCUAUGGCACGUACCUAAGUGGGAGUCGACUAGGAGGCCUAGUUACAGUAUUGUGCUUCUUUUUCAACCACGGCGAGUGUACACGCGUGAUGUGGACCCCGCCUCUCCGUGAAAGUUUUUCAUACCCAUUCCUUGUACUUCAAAUGUUGCUUGUGACUCAUAUUCUCAGGGCUACGAACGUUUAUCGAGGAAGCUUGAUUGCACUCUGCAUUUCAAACAUCUUUUUUAUGCUUCCUUGGCAGUUUGCUCAGUUUGUCCUUCUCACUCAGAUAGCAUCAUUAUUUGCUGUGUAUGUUGUGGGUUACAUUGAUUUAUGUAAAUUAAAGAAGAUCAUUUACAUCCACAUGAUCUCUCUUGCACUUUGUUUUAUUUUGAUGUUUGGAAACUCAAUGUUACUAACUUCUUACUAUGCCUCCUCUUUGGUCAUUAUUUGGGGCAUCCUGGCAAUGAGACCACGUUUCCUGAAAGCGAAUGUGUCUGAACUCAGCUUAUGGGUUAUUCAGGGAUGUACUUGGUUGUUUGGAACAGUCCUAUUGAAGUACUUGACUUCUAAAAUCUUAGGCAUUGCCGAUGAUGCUCACAUAAGCAACCUGUUAACCUCCAAAUUCUUCAGUUACAAGGAUUUUGACACUCUAAUGUACACCUGUGCUGCAGAGUUUGACUUCAUGGAAAAAGAGACUCCAUUGAGGUACACAAGGACAUUGCUGCUUCCUGUUGUUCUUGUGGUAUUUGCAACAAUUGUUAGAAGGACUAUGACUGAUAUUUUGUGUGUGUUGUCUAAACAACGUUCUCAUAUAAGGAAGCACCAGUUUGAUCAUGGAGAGUUGGUUUAUCAUGCGUUGCAACUGUUAGCUUAUACAGUCCUAGGUAUUUUAAUUAUGAGGCUGAAAUUAUUUCUGACUCCACACAUGUGUAUCAUGGCUUCUUUGAUCUGCUCCAGACAGCUCUUUGGAUGGCUCUUUUGCAAAGUGCAUCCCAGCACUGUUGUUUUUGCCGUGUUAGCCAUCAUGUCCGUACAAGGGUCAGCCAAUCUGCAGCACCAAUGGAGCAUCAUUGGGGAGUUUAGCAAUUUGCCACAGGAAGAACUUAUAGAAUGGAUCAAAUUUAAUACCAAACCAGAUGCUGUUUUUGCUGGUGCAAUGCCUACAAUGGCAAGUGUUAAACUUUCUGCACUGCGGCCCAUUGUUAAUCAUCCACAUUAUGAGGAUGCAGGUUUGAGGGCAAGAACAAAAAUUGUUUACUCAAUGUACAGUCGAAAACCAGCCGAAGAAGUGAAGCAGGAAUUAAUCAAAUUAAGAGUGAACUAUUACAUUCUAGAAGAGUCAUGGUGUAUAAGAAGAACCAAGCCCGGUUGCAGUAUGCCUGAGAUUUGGGAUGUGGAAGAUCCUUCCAAUGCGGGCAAAACCCCAUUAUGCAGCCUCUUGGUCAAGGACUCAAGACCUCACUUUCCCACAGUAUUCCAAAACAGAAUUUACAAAGUAUUAGAAGUUAUUAAAGAGCGAUGAAUGCCACUUGAACCAAUGUAGUUGAAAGAACCACAUUAGAAAUUGUUGUUUAACCUUUUGCUAUUAACUCAUUAAGAUCAUUUUAAUUUACAUCUCAAGUUUUAUAGAAAAAAUUUCAAAUAUAAAACAUUUUAGUUUUAAAAUGUGUCAACCAGAUAAUAAUUACUUUCACCUUUAUUACAUGGUUUCUGUUAAAGUCAUGCCUUUGAAAUUUGCUAUGCAAAUUAUCAUAUGCUUAUACAUCUCAUGAACAAAUAUCCACCCUACAGAAAUUGAGUAGGGGACCCGUGUAGAAGAAAUGGAAGUUGCCAGUUUUUAGCCCUGAAAUAGGACUAGUUCUGGGAUCCUUGGCCCUGGUUCCCCUCUUCAUUCUUUCACGAUUCACCCUCUGUUAUCAGAGGGUGAACAGGGCAAGGAGAAAGUUAGAAAAUUCAAGGCUGUUGCUUUGGCUGGUUAGAUGGAAUGCUAGUAAAAAAAGAAUUGUUCAAGUAGCCAUGAAGAGUCCUCUCUCUAGAGCCUUCUGGGAAAUUCUUUGAAUUUCAUUUUUUUUAAAUGUUCUUUCUGUUGUCCAUUGCCAUGAGCAAUCUGGAGUUGUCUGCCUCUAAGUUAAUUCAAACCCUUUUGCAUAGUGAUUAUGAUUUUUGCCUGAGUGUUGUUAUUUUGCAACAGGCUCCUUAGAAUACUAACCAUUAUAACACAUUUCUUUUUCCCACAUCUCAUUCAUUACCUGAAUAUUGGUAAGAUUUCUCUAUGUCUGAGAAAUUCACUUCUUCCUGGUAACCUUGUAAAUAUUUUUUUUUAACUUUUUCAAUGUACUAAAUAUAUUUCAUGGUUUUUAACCAUUUUUAAGCUUACUAUAUUUUUAGUUGCGAUAAGGUGCAAAAAAAAUGUUGAGAGUCUCCAAAUAUAUUCUAUAGUUAUUACAUUUGAAAACUAAAAUUUGAAUUAUUAAAAAGCUAUUUGACCAGAUAUAUAAUUUUAUUGUAACAAUAAUAUCUGGUUAUUUUUCUUUUAAUAUCUAUGUGUAAUCAAAACAUUAUGACAUUUUUUAUGAUAUUUAGAAAGAGUUGUGAUUUCAUCAGUGUGGGUAUAUGUCCAUUGAUGAUACCCUACUCUUGGGUAUUUGUUCAUCUUGUGCAGUUUUUGACUGUUUUUUCUAUCAACUCUCAAUAAGGUAUUGGCCCAGUUUGUGAAAGCCUUCCUUUUUCUUUUUCUGGAAGUAGGUGUACCAGCUGACACUCUGAGGUGUUAAUCAGUUGUUUUUUAUUUUAUUUUUUUCAUUCAGGUUAUAUGACUAGCCCUUUAAAAAAAAAUCAUAAAUAUUCACAUGUAAUCCUCACGCUAAUGAGUGACUGCAGUCUACUUAUGACCACCAUGCAUUAUCUUCUUUAACUUGUAAGGAAUUUAGUCUGAAGUCACAAAUAUCUGGGGCUGCCCAGAAAAUGCUUGCUCUGAAGACAGUGGGCUUUUGCAAUGACCAGAAAUUUUGUAUCAGUGACAGCCACUGUUUUCUGACUUCGCCCAGCUCAGACAAACUGUUACCUCAGAUCCAUAACCAGAUAAAAAACAGGACAGAAUCUGCUCAUUAAUUCUCCAUUUCAGAUUAUCGCUUAGAGCCAAAGUGACCAUUCAGGGCUUCACUGUCUUGUUAGAGAUGCAGGCUUUUGGUUUUCUUUUUUGAAAUGAAAAAGUAAAAGAAAAGUUGUAAUGA